AUGGAAUGUAUGAAAAUGAAACAUUUAUUAAGACAGUUCUUCGAUUCAGGUCCAAAUCUUGAUACCUGGACACUUUUUUAUGAGAAUACAAUUAUCACUGAAAGUAACACUGAAAAUGAAAAAUUUAAUCCAACAAAAGUAGGAAAUUAUUAUGUUACAACAUGUUUAUUCAAUGAAUUUAAAGAAGUUGUUGUCUAUAUAGACAAAGGAGAUCAAACAAAACUUCUUAUUUCUAUUUCUGGAUUCAAUGGCACAAAAACUCCAUCUCAAACAGUUUAUUCUAGAUAUGGAAGUUGUGUUAUCUAUCGAACAUGUGCCACAAGAUCUAUUCAAACAAAUUGGAAUGAAGGAGUAUUUUUAUGUUCAUAUAUGUCAUCAUCAUCAACUUCAAACAACAAAAACAUUUUUGAAGAUUCAACAGUCUUUGAUUGUGGAGAAAUAGAUAAAGGAGGUUCAAUUAAUUAUUUAUAUUACGGAAAUCUUAGUUAUUCACGAAAUAACAUAACAAACAACAAAUGUAAAGAUGAUGUUUCACUUGAUAUUUAUUCAAAACACAAAUACAACAUCAGUCAAUCAUCUUUCAUUGAUAACAAAGCAUACUCUAGAUGCUUUUUUAUUUGUUAUAGUGGUUCACAUCAAGUUUAUUUAUGUAAUAUCAUUAGAAACAAUGCUACUUCAUAUUGUUUUUCUUUAUAUCAAGCAACAGUUACAUUUGAAUCUUGUUCAAUCAAAAAUAAUAAUUGUCCACAAACAUUUUAUUUUGAAUCACCAAAUUCACCUACAAUCAUUAAUAGUGAUUAUGAUGGACAAAAAUCAAAUGCAACAACAAAAAAUCCAACAAACAAUUUAUACAACACAUUAUCACAUCUUUCUACAGGACUUUGUGAAGCAGAAAAUAAAAUUCAAAAUAAUUUUGAAGAAGAAAAUAACAUAAAAAAAUUCAACCAAAUGAAAAAUUUUUGCGUCUCCCUUUGUUUAAUCCAUUACCAACGUAAUUAUCUUCUUAGCAUUUCACAAAUUUCAGCAUAUUCAAUUUUAUCAUUUAUAACAUAA